UGCACGCGCGGUUUUGGCUACCUGUCGCGUGACUUGCAGACCGAGUCGGCAUGGAGGAGCCGGGCUACCGGCACACGUGAGCUCGGGACAGGGACAGGCGUGUUCCCGCAGCAGCGGCAGCAGCAGCAGCAGCAGCAUGGCCCCGACCCUCCUCCAGAAACUCUUCAGCAAGAGGGCGACCGCCAGCGGAGGCGCGAGCGAGUGCGCGAGUGCGGCGGAGCAGUGCUGGGCUUCUGCUGACUUUGAUCUAGCUCAGAUCAGAUUGAUUGUGUAUCAGGAUUGUGAAAGAAGAGGUCGGCAGGUUCUCUUUGACUCUAAAGCUAUACGGAAGCUGGAUCCAUCAGAACCGAGUGCAGAGGAGACGAAAGCUACACCUACCCGAAGUGGCGCAUGCCAGAUCAGCAGCAAGGCCAGCCAGAAAGAGGCUCCCCCUACAUAUCAGUAUACAAGACCAGCUUCAGACGUGAAUAUGCUUGGGGAGAUGAUGUUCGGCUCUGUUGCCAUGAGUUACAAGGGUUCAACAUUGAAGAUUCACCAUAUCCGAUCUCCCCCUCAGCUGAUGGUCAGUAAAGUUUUCUCCACGCGAUAUGGCAGUAGCAACACAGGAAGCACCAGCACUCUGCAGGACAGUUUCGAGUCAAUUAGCCAGACUUGCCCAAGUCACACCAGUAGCAUAGUUCACAGUAAUCCUGUGGACAUGCCAGGCAGAGGACACAGUGAGGACGGAGACAGUGGCAUCGCCCGUUCAGCAUCAUUAAGCAGCCUGCUAGCCACACCCCUUCCCUCACCUGGCUCCUCCUCUGGCAGUGGCUGUGCCAGCAGUUAUCAACGGCGAUGGCUCCGUAGCCAAGCAACCAGCCUGCAGCACGGCCCCAUCCCUCGCUGGAGCACAGAGGAGAUGUUCAGUCUGUCUGAUGAAAGCUGCAGCUCAAACCCAGCGAUGGCUCGGAGGAAGAAGAUCGCCGUCAGCAUCAUCAUCAGCCUGCCUGAGAAGGAGGAGGAGAGCCACAGCUUCCAGGAGUUCUUCUUCUCUCACUUCCCUUUGUUCGAGUCCCACAUGAACAAGCUCAAGACCGCCAUCGAGAGGGCAAUGAUUGUGUGCAGAAGGGUAGCAGAGGCUAGUCAGCGAGUGCAGGUGUAUCUGUGUCGAGUUAUGGAGGCGCUGGGAGAGUUCAGGAUGACCGUGUGGAAUUUGUACAUGGCUCCGCGGAUCACUGAGCCAGUUUGGUUGACCAUGGUAUCACAGAGUGCUGAGCGAAACCAGCUGUGUCAGCGCUUCCUGAAGGAGAUGAGCUUGAUCAUGGAUCACGGGGCCAAGAACCAGUUCCUCUCUGCGCUUCUUACUGCUGUCCUUAUGUACCACUUAGCCUGGGUUCCCACGGUGAUGCCUAGCAACCACUUGCCAAUCAAACCUGUCUGCCAGAAACAUGCCUCCCACACUGUGGACCUUCUGGCCAAGUCUCAUCCCUACAACCCACUGUGGGCUCAGCUAGGUGAUCUGUACGGUGCAUUGGGCUCUCCUGUCCGAGUAUGUCGGACGGUGGUGGUGGGACGCAGGAGAGAGCUGGUGCAGCGCGUCCUCUACGUCCUCUCCUACUUCAUCCGCUGCUCCGACCUUCAGGAGAACACGCAGCCUCCAGGACACACCGAUAGUCCAGCCAACCCCUGUCCUCCUCAAACCACUAAGCCCACCCCCUUAUCUGAAAGGACCAAUGAAAAACCGCUCACACCUGAGUCAGAGCUUACACAGCCAGCCCUCUUCCCUGAAAGGACCAAUGAAAAAACACUAAGAGUGGACUUUGUUGAUACAAGCCCUGCUCCAGUUUCAGAAAGGACCAGAGAAAAAGGCCCAGUCGCAGGGUCAGCGGAGCCCUCCCCCUUUCCUGAAGUGACCAAUGAGAGGCUGGAGUGUGCAGAGGUUGGGCAGGAGUGUUUUGGGUACAAUAAUGACUCUGUGGGGGCGGGGUUAGAGCACAUUUUAGCCAGUCAGAGCCCUCCAGUACAGCGAGUGAAGUUUACCAUCGGCAGCCCUAGGGAGGCAGAGCAUGAAGAACGACAGUGUGGCUUACACAGGAAGCUGCCUCACAGGCUUUUGACAGACAUACGGCAGAGCGAGAGCUCGGACAGCUCUCUGGGAGACAGUGAUGAGGAGGAGCCUUUACCCCGACAACCAUAUACAGCGGCAGAGAUGCGAGAGCAUGAACUGCCCCUUCCGAGCUGUCAGACGGAGAGCCGCCCCAGUGUCAAUCAUUUUGGUCGCUCUCUGCUGGGAGGUUACUGUCCUCAGUACAUGCCUGACUUUGCCCUGCACGGCAUCAGCUCCGACCAGCGGCUCAAACAGUGCCUCAUGGCCGACCUGGAGCACACAGUACUCCACCCUGCGCUGGACGAGCCAGUCGCAGAGGCAGUGUGUAUCGUGGCGGACACAGACCGGCUGUGUGUUCAGGUGGCCACAAGCCAGCGGCGUGUGUGUGAGCCAGGGCGGCUAGGAAGAGACGUGAUGGUGUCCAAUCUCAUACACACACUCCUUACGUCUGUUCUGCAGCUGCACACACUCAACAUUGCAGCAGACUUUUGUGUGAUGCAUUUGGAGGAUCGAUUGCAGGAGAUAUAUUUUAAGAGCUGUUCUUUGGCAGAGUAUCUCAGAGGGCAGAGAAGAGUCCAUGUGAAAGAACUGGGACUAGCACUGGGGAUUGAGUCCAGUGAUCUUCCGUUACUUGCAGCAGUAGCCAGCACACACUCGCCCUACGUUGCCCAGAUACUUCUCUGAACCGACUAUGGACGAAUUGCUUCACUAAACCGACCAAUCAGAAUGUGCUCCUGCUCACCACAGACCAAUAAGGACCUGAUCGCAGUUUUAACACACCAGUCCAGGUUCCCUAUCAGUCGGACCAAUCAGAGCCCAGAUCCAGCCUUAGUCGGACCAAUCAUGAUUUUGCUCGCAGUCCUUGAAGACGGAUUGGGUUUUACAUCCGCGCCAGCUGACUGGAUACAGAGUGUGAUAUGUAUGUGUGUCAGCUUUUUGCCUACACUGUUUCUACUGCCUUCAGACCUUGGAAUUCUCUAUAAUGAGACACUUGUUUACAGUUAAACUCUCUCUCACCUUCAUAUUUGCAGUAUUUUUCAUUGUGUUACAUGUCAUAUCUUAAAGGGAGGAAUGAAAACAGCAAAGCCUUGCGCUAGAAGCUUGUCAGGAUUGCUACUGGACACUUCUUAAUGCAGUAUUAAAGAAACGGCUUGAUCAA